UCCGGUGCGGCGGGCCAGCGCCGGACCCGGCCAAGUUAGGACGGAGGCAGGAAAUGGCGGCGACGCUGCUGCAGCAGCUGCCGGGCCCCCGAGCUCCACUGUGCCGGGCCCAGGCCGCCUAGAGAGCCGCCGAGCCAGCGCCGGGCCCGGGCCGCAGCCACCCCGGGCCGGACUCCGAGCACUUUACAUACAUGAGAGAAUUGGAAGCUAAAGCUACCAAAGAAGUUGAAAGAAAACUAAGCAGGGAUUUAGUGCAAGAAGAGGAAGAACAGUUGAUGGAAGAAAGGAAAAAGAGAAAAGAAGACAAGAAAAAGAAGGAAGCUGCUCAAAAAAAGGCCAUUGAACAAAAAAUCAAAGUGCCAGAACAAACAAAGACCAGUGUAAGCCAGCCGCAGCCCGUCACCUCUAACGGCACUUCCCCAGCAACCAGCACUAAUAAUAAUGCCAAGCGGGCCACAGCCAGCAAUCAGCAGCAGCAGCAGCAGCAGACCUUGCCUCGAUACCCUCCUCGUGAAGUACCACCACGAUUUCGACACCAGGAACAGAAACAGCUUUUAAAGCGAGGUCAGCAGUUACCAGUGAUAGCUGCAAACCUGGGAUCCACUCCUAAAGUAUUAAACAGCCAAUCAGGAGGCAGCGGUGUCACAAGUAAACAGCCAGUGACCAACGGAGAAGUGCCGAACAGCAGCAGCAAAAAACAGUCAGGCAUGCCUCCCAUUCGGGACUUGGUCAGCCAUUCCCCUAACCAGUCAGAUCUGAACCACAGUGGUCUAGGAUCCCAUUAUGAAAAUUCUCACUGGGGACCGGUCUCUUCAAAUAGUGACUCCAGCACAAACUGGGAUAAAGUUAUCGUAGACGGUUCUGACAAAGAAGCAUGGCCAUCAAUCACAGGCAGUGACCCAGAGUUGGCUUCAGAAUGUAUGGACACUGACUCCGCCUCUAGCUCUGGGUCAGAGAGAAAUCUUGUUAUAAUGGCUUCAGGGAGCACAGGUGGUGAAAAUGAUAGCGUUCGGAAUGGCAUUGGACAUGGUUCUCAAAAUAAGUUUGUGGUUGGUAGCAACAGCAAUAAUGUGGGCAACGGAAGUAUUAAUGGGCCAUGGGGUUUAUCCCAUGGAACCAUAAUAAGCACAUGUCAAGUUUCUGUGGAUGCUCCUGACAGCAAAUCUGAAAGUAGCAACAAUAGAAUGAAUGCUUGGGGCACCAUAAACUCUUCAUCAAAUGGAGGGUUAAAUCCAAGCACUUUGAAUUCAAAUGGCAACCAUGGUGCCUGGCCUGUAUUGGAGAACAAUGGACAUGCCCUGAAAGGGUCUGUAGGGAGUGGUAAUUCUGGCACAAAUAUUCAGUGCAGUACCAUAGGUCAGAAGUCUAACAAUCAGAGUAUUAACUCUAAAGUGGGUGGUUCAGCCCAUGGUUCCUGGGCAAGCCUUCAGGAAAAUUGUGAUUCUGAAGUGAAUGGUACAAGGAAGGUUUCAUUCAGUGGACAACCUCAAAACCUUAACACUGAAAUGAAAGGACCAAAUAACACUACUAACUUUAUGACCUCUAGUUUACCAAACUCUGCUGGUUCAGUACAGAUUAACGAACUGCCUAAUAAUACAGGGCCUGGGGCCUGGCGUGUGAGCACAAUGAAUCAUUCUCAGAUUCAGGCCUCUCCAGUUACAAAUGGCACUUCCACUUCUCAUCUUAGCAAUGGUGAGGCAAAAAAUGGUGGAUCUUAUGGUACUACGUGGGUUGCCUAUGGUUCUAAUUACUCUGGAGACAAAUGUUCAGGCCCAAACAGCCAAGCAAAUGGUGACACUGUGAAUGCAACUCUAACGCAGCCUGGCAGCAAUGGGCCUGGCAGCACUAAUUUUCAAAUCAAUGGGAAUAAAGGAGGAGGGGCAUGGGAGGGAGGGACAGUCAACUCCCAAAAUAUGCCAUGGGGAAGCGCAAAUGGUGCGAGUUCUGGAGGAAUUCGAAGAGGAUGGGCCAACCCUGCACAAAACACUGGCACUAGCAUUUCAAAUGGGGAAUGGAAUAAACUGCCUAGCAAUCAGCAUUCCAAUGAAAGCGUAAAUGGAAAUAGUAGGAAGUUUACAAAUGGAUGGAAAUCUGCUGAAGAGGAUGAUCUUAAUAGCCAGAAUUCUGCUGCAUCUCAGAUAACUGAGCAGAACAAUGUAUGGGCCAAAACAGGUACUGGGGAUAGCGAGGGUAGUACAGAGAGCACUGGAUGCCAUGAUGAUAAAGUAACUGCAGAAGGACAGAACCGAGAGAGAAGAAAAGUUGACCAGCAUGCAUUACUCCAAAGUAUAGUGAGCAGAACUGACUUAGAUCCACGUGUCCUUUCCAACUCUGGUUGGGGACAGACUCCAAUUAAACAAAACACUGCCUGGGAUACUGAAACAUCGCCAAGAGGUGAAAGAAAGACUGACAAUGGGACAGAGGCCUGGGGAGGCUCUGUGACACAGACUUCCAGCUCAGGGGGAUGUGUGGAGAGACCUAGCCCUAAUGUUAAUGAUAC